CACUCGUGCUGGCUCUUGCGCGACCCACCUGUUCCUAAGCACCCACCAAACUUUUCACCAAACCUCUCCGCCUCAUUCACCCACUCCACUCCACAUCUGCUAGCCUCCCGCCGUGCACAUCACGACCGCCUCCAGCUUCACCCCUCUCCACCCCCGUCCCAGCUCACUCCGGCCGGGAGCAGCGGAUGGUUGCCCUCACCACUCCAUCUUCUGGUUGCGCGGCUCUACAUUUCCUUGACCAUCUAGCAUGGACGAUCGCUUCCGUCCCAAUGGCAUGCCGACGCAGGGCGGACCUCAGUAUCAGCCCCUGGCUCCACAGUACCACGCCCCACAAAGCCAUCUCCACACGCUGCCGCCGCUGAACGGUAACGCAUCACAAUAUGCCCAGUCGUACGGCCAGAACACCAACAGCAACCCUCACACGCCCAUCUCUGCCCAUCCGCCCUCCUCCUCGGCCGCUUCGAACCACAACACUGCGAUCCCUCCCAUCGCUCCACACCCGCCGCUGAGGCCAAUACAGCCGACGCCCUCGUCAUACUCGUUAUACGGCACCUCCCAGCCUGGCCUUCUCCCCGUGUCUGUCACACAGUCGAACCCUCAUCCAUUGGCGCCCGCGCCGACGCCCGGCUCUCUGCAAGAUCUUCGACAGGGCGGGCUCGGCCUCAACAACCAGCUCAAUCAGUACUCGCACCCUCCGCUACUCGCGAACCAAGAGGCAGAACCAGUCCAUGUGGUCGGACAGCAGGGACGUCGCGGCGUGCUGCCUACCCAUCCAGGCCGACCUGCGCCGGCUGUCGGGAAGGCGCCGCAAAACCCAACCAAGAAUGCAGAGAACAAGUUCGAGUGCCCGCAUUGCAACAAGACAUAUCUCCACUUGAAGCACCUGAAGCGCCACUUGCUUAGGCACACUGGAGAGCGUCCUUACCAAUGCCAUCUGUGCAAAGAUACGUUUUCGCGCAGUGAUAUUCUGAAGCGCCACUUUCAGAAAUGCUCCAUUCGCCGCGGUAACCCAACCGGCCAGAAUCAUCUUGCGAACUCGCAGUCUCACCUUCGUAAGAAUAGGCUAUCAGCAUCUGGGUCGGAUGCGCAGAGCUUCCUCAACUCUGUUAAUACCUCCAUGCCGUAUAACGACGGUUCAUACGGAGGUAACGCUCUUAGUGGGCUGCCUUCGAUGCCCUCGGAGCAAUCUUACUCGGACAAUCUCGCAUCGAUGUCAGCGCGAACGUCAAGAUCAAACAGCUUGAUCCGACCGGGAACCGGUGUCGACGACAACCGCAGAAGCCUCUCGGGUAUCGACUUUCAGAAUAGUCGGGUUGGUUACGACGGUAGUACUGACUACAGGACGUCGAGCUUAUCGGGCAAUCUUGCCAACUUGCAUGCUUACAACACCCAGCCAGGCCAGUCCGCGGGGCAGAUGCCGAACAACCCCAACGCCUUUAGUUACGCGCCGGCCUCGAGCGCUGACAUGGCGCAAAACAUGAUCGCCAAAACUGAGGAGCCAAACUCAAUGUAUGGCGGUCGUCCAAGUCUCCCGAAUAUUGACGGGCUGGCCAAUGGGCAAGAACAUGACGCGAAAUGGUCAAAUCAGUUCCAUCAGGAGGCGCAAGACGGGUUUAUGCUUUCUUCCAGUAUGGCGAGUGGUCCAAAUCCCGCCAACGCCGCUACCGAUCUGACUGUAAACCAAUUUCAGGCCUCCAAUGAACCUCCACACGACGCCAUGUUCAACGGCCUUUAUUCCAACACUGCUGGGUUCGUCGACACCACUCCCAUUUUUGAUAAUUGGGUAAUCGGCCCGUCUGAUCCGCUACAGAAUAAAGCGGACGCUUUAAUAGCAUUCUGCUAUCCGGACCCCUCUCUAGUCGCACCCGGCUCUAGCGAUUCCCAAGAGAGUUUGAAGGCGAUUCUUACAGUCGACAAUCUCCGCCACUUUUUAGACGAAUUUCGAAACUUUCAGAGUCACUGGCCCAUUAUUCACGUACCAACAUUCAAUCCACUUGCCGCUAACAACGGCCUCCUUUUGACCAUGAUUACUAUCGGCGCGGUGUAUUCGGACAAGCUAAAUGUUCCGCAAGUGCGUUGGCUGAUGGAGCUUGUCAAGUCCUCGGUCUACCGCUCGUCGCACAUUCACGCGCUUCUGAAUACAAGUUCUUCCGCAAAUAUCAACCUCGGCCCCAUUUCCGAUAUCGAAGAGCUUCAAUCGCUAUUAUUACUUCAGUCGCUAUUCACGUGGCACGGGGAUAGUCAGCAACGAACGCAAGCCAGAGAAGAGUACGACAACCUGGUCAACAUUGUACGACACAUGAACUUGCUCAAUCCGAUACUAAGAGACCAACCUGGCUUCAGCAUUCUUCAUCAACCCGGAGGUCUCGAUGUUCGUGAACUGAAUGGAUGGAGCUGGAGCACAUGGGUGGAGCAAGAAAAGAGGUCUAGAGCACUGUAUCUCAUUUUCUUAUUAGAUGCUGCUCUCGUCAUGUUCUUCAAUUGCGCGCCUAAGUUUGAUGUUUAUGAAAUACGCGUGCCACUACCAGUGGACGAUGCUGCCUGGGAUGCAAGGACAGCUGAAGAGUGUGCCAAUGCCCUCGGAAUCCGUGGAGCGGAUAAACAGGCCAGGAACACCACUGGUAGCCGACGCCCCAAGCAAAUUGCCAUGCGGGACGCUUUGAAGCUCCUACAACAACAUGGCGCCGAUUUCAAGCCACGAAGCACGAACGUUUAUUCCAAAUUCGUCCUCAUUCACGCCCUCCACGUCCAGCUCGCCCAAUUCAAGCGCCAAAGUUUCCAGGCGCCAACGACAUCUACUUAUGGCGGAUACACUUCGAGUGGCGCCAGCACUCCGUUAUCCCACAACGAUUGGGUAUCUACGGACGGCUCCAAAGGCUCCAUGAGUGGCCACAACAGCGGCCACGUCACACCGGUUGACGGCGUUCUAGGUCAAUUCCCACCGCCCAACCCCAAUCACAUGCUCAAAGUCGUCAUGAACUCCAUGGAAAAGUGGAAACGGGCCUGGGACAUGGACAUGGAGCUGCAGUACCCGCCCUCAACGCGUCGCAUUGGCUUCUGUCGCGAUGGUGUGCAUUUUUUUUUCCUGGGCAACAUGCUCUUCCGCAGCAACGAUCGCAAGGACUGGUUCGGGCCGCCGGACGCGCGCUUCGCGCAGGUGUUUGCAUUGCUCCGGCAUGUGCGUAAAUAUGUCGCCAGUGAACGGCAUGCAAAGGGCAUGGAGAUUGGCAGUGUGACGGAUGUGGAUGAUUCUUAUGGACUUGCAGAUUUGACUCUCGAUAUGAAGUUACUUUUUACGCCAAUUUUGAAGGGCGAGAAGGGGUAA